CUGAGGAGAAUCGAAGAAAAGGAAUAAGAAGAAAAAUAAAAAGGAAGUCAAGAAUAAAAAAAAAGUCAAGAUGUGGGAUGAUGAUACUCCUGCGUGGGAAUUCGAAGAAACGCCAGCAGAAGAGACUGCAGAAGCUGCAGAAGGUGCCGCGGCUGCUCCAGCUGAGGGUGAAGCCGGUGAAAAACCAAAAAUCAAACUCGAAAAAAUCGAACCUCCGAAGUACAAUCAUCACUGGGUGCGCCCAUUGUUUCUAAAUUAUGAUUAUAUUUAUGAUUACAGGCAAAGCUAUUACAACGACGUAAUUGACUACCUCAAUCAAAGAGCGAGGGGGGUAUUCCGUGAACCUCCAAGAGCACAAGAAUGGGCGGAAAGGACUUCGAGGAUGUACGAUGCAAAGAAUAUCGAUAGGAGUUUCAAGCGAUCAGCUGAUAUGAAAUACAUUACUAAAAUGGAUCUCUUGCCACGACAUUAUAGCUACCAUACGCGAGCAUAUUAUAGUUUGAAGUAUCAACAAAUUCUUUGA